AUGUCAUCCCUUCCUUUCCUAGCCACUCGUUUUCUUUUGUUAUUCUCUCGCUCUCGCCUUUCUUAUCCUCUCACGCGUGGGAGUUGGAGGUUGCCGGCCGCCCCUGGCCUUCGUCCUCAACCGGCCGCUCUUAGGAGAGCUACAGGCGCCGCCGCCCGUCUCGCUGAGGCGCCCCGCCGCGCAGCCGCCGCCGCCCGUCUCGCCGAGGCGCCCCGCCGCGCAGCCGCCGCCGCCCGUCUCGCCGAGGCGCCCGCCGCGCAGCCGCCGCCGCCCGUCUCGCCGAGGCGCUCCGCCGCGCAGCCGCCGCCGCCCGUCUCGCCGAGGCGCCCCGCCGCGCAGCCGCCGUCGCCCGUCUCGCCGAGGCGGCCCGCCGUGCAGCCGUCGUCGUCCGUGUCGCCGAGGCGCUCCACCGCGCAGCCCCCGCCGCCCGUCUCACCGGGGCGCUCUGCCGCGCAACGACAAGGAGAGAGGCAGCCACCAUGCUGCUAG